AUGCCCGCCAGAAAAAAAGUAUCCGUUGAAUCGGAUUCAUCUCACGUUCCCAACGGCACUUCUUCUGCCACGUCCUUUGAUUCUUCGAACACUUCUCUCCGCAAUCCCUCCCGCAAUUCUUCAAAACAACCCUCAAAUCCAAAAAUAAAUCUUGUUUUUUCUAAGAGGUUUACAUUUCCAAUGUCCCGUUCCGCCAUGGAUUACGAAAAACUACCGAAAUUCAUCGAUGAAACUUUACGUUACAUAAAUUCAUUUAAUUACCCGUAUGAAAUGUUUUACGAGUUGAACGGAGAAGUGCGAGUAUUUAGCUCGAGGACUGAUGACACCAUGAAAGCGCUCAAAGAUGUUUGUGAGAGUGAUGAGGGAAAAAAUGUUGAUUCUGUUUAUAUAUUGGCAGAAAAGGCCGGGGUCAAAACAUUCCUAGCAUACAACGUGGAUUUCGUAGCAUUUGUAACAUUUUUGCUAAAUUUGUUAUGGUACAUUUUCGUGGGGUCGCGUGAGUCAAGAAACUCGGCAAUGGUCCUAGGAGUUGGAUUAUGCAUUUGGGUGUAUUGGAAACUAGCCGCUGAUGAAAUGGAAUGGGUAGAGGAGGACAUAUAG